AUGACUGAUUUAGGCGAACCAGCAUUCCGUACUUUGGUACAAGAACUUGGUGGACCAAAUUCUUCUUACGUAAAGGGUGACAAAGGUGAUCAAGGUGAGGUUGGGAGCCCCGGUCCUAUUGGUCUUCAGGGAGUGAAGGGAGACAAAGGGGAUUAUGGAGCACCAGGUCCAAAAGGUGACCCUGGAGUAAAUGGAGUUCCUGGAGAGAAAGGAGAAACAGGCCAGGCAGGUGAGAAAGGAGCACAAGGUUUGGAUGGGACACCAGGGAUUCAAGGGCCUCCAGGCAUGAAAGGAGAUCCAGGGGUACAGGGAAUGGAGGGUGUUCCUGGAGAGCAAGGACUGAUUGGACUUCCUGGCCGAAAAGGAGAAAAAGGACAGAAGGGAGACUGCAACCCAGUGGAAUCCGUAGCAUUCUCGGUUGGUCUUCAGAAAAGGAGAAGCUUUCCCUUGCCAGGAUCCCCAGUGAGAUUUGAGAAGAUUUUCCUGAAUGAAAAUGAAGCCUAUCAUGUUGAAACGGGCAUAUUUACCGCAAGCACAGGAGAUGACAAUAAUCAAGGUCUACCAUAUAUGUUCAUUGAGAAGGGAAGUUCAGUAAUGAUUGAUUUCAAUAGCAGAAUCUUGGACUGCUCCUCAAUAAUGUGGGGCGUUAAUUGGAGUUGGGCCAUCUUCAUCGCAAUGAACCUUGUUGCUGUGCUGAACAUAGAGGGUAAAAGUACUCCACCCCCCAAGCACACUAAGAUCAAAGCCAUUGAGAUAGAAGCCACCGAAAGUCAUGACACGUCUGUUGCCCCACCCACUGAAGAUGGCCUUUUCACAGAAAUAGCUGAAACGAGCGACACAACGACGGAGCUGUCCACGCCAAACUACGCCUUCAGAACUGCUACCACCCUCUUCCCAUAUGAGAACUUUACCCUUGAUUCAGCUGACUUCUUCUUUAACUGUUGCGAUUGCUGUACUCCAACGGCAGGGCAGAAAGGGGAGCCUGGAGAACCUGGCCUGCCAGGGCUGAAAGGAGACACAGGAGAAAAAGGCCUUCCAGGUCUACCAGGAAUUCCUGGACUACAAGGCCCCAAAGGAUUCAAAGGAGAAAAAGGAGAUAAAGGAGAGUAUGGUGACCCAGGAGCAAACGGAACCCCAGGAUUUCCAGGCAAACCAGGAGAACAAGGUGAAACUGGACUUAAAGGUGACAAAGGAAACUAUGGCCUGCCUGGAGCGAAGGGUCAAAAGGGUUCCAAGGGGGACACAUGUGAGAAUGGCACCAAAGGAGAGAAAGGAGACAAGGGGGAGCUGGGAUUGCCAGGGAUUGAUGGAGAACAUGGAGAAAAAGGAGAGAAGGGGGAUGUUGGCGAGAAGGGUUACUGUGGAGAUCCUGGCGAAAAGGGCGAUAAAGGAGAAAGAGGGGAAAUUGGGCUUAAAGGGGAGAAGGGCAUCAAGGGAGACAUGGGAGUAGAAGGCAUGCAUGGAGCAGAUGGGCCAAGAGGAGAAAAGGGUGACCCAGGUGUCAGGGGUGAAAAAGGUGAUCCUGGCCCAACUGGGAUGAUGGGACCUCCUGGGAUGAAAGGAUUUCCUGGUUUCAAAGGAACCCGAGGACCUCCAGGAAAGAAAGGUGCAAGAGGGCCCAAAGGUCCAAAGGGGGAGGCUUCAAACAUCCCAAGAUCAGCUUUCAGUGUGGGUUUAUCCAAACCUUUCCCGCCCCCUAACACUCCUAUUAAAUUUGACAAGUUUCUGUAUAAUGACCAGGAGAGUUAUAAUCCUUUGACUGGGAAAUUCAACUGCAGCAUUGCUGGGGCGUAUGUCUUCUCUUACCAUAUGACUAUCAGAGGGCGGCCUGCUCGGAUUAGUAUUGUGGCCCAAAACAAGAAGAUGGUCAAAACGCGGGAGACUCUGUAUGGUCAGGAGAUAGACCAGGCUUCAUUCCUUACAAUUUUGAAAUUAAAUGUGGGGGAUCAGGUUUGGCUGGAGGUUACGCGGGACUGGAAUGGGGUUUAUGUUAGUGCGGAAGAUGACAGCAUAUUCUCUGGCUUCCUUUUGUAUCCAGACGACGUUUCUGAAACCCUAUUAUAA